AUGCGGCUGAAUCCAAACGGCGAAGCCGUCACCUUCCCCAAGCGCUCAGCUCUUCCGCACGUAUCAGGCACCCCGAAAGGUAACGCCUGGUUCUGGGGCGGCUCCGACGAACUCGGCCGCUUGAACCUGCUCACCCCCGAACGAACACUUGUAACUGUACAAGAAAACGUCAAAACAGGCGAUUCCAUCUCUCUCGAUCUCCCCCUUAACGUCCCCGGCCCAGCUCUCUUCGGCCGCCAGGGAUUCAAACACCGCAUCCGAUCACCUGCCAAAGGCGCCUAUGAUGACGAAGUAUCGUACAACACGCAAAGCAGCACCCAGUGGGACGGCUUCCGCCAUUUUGCACACCCAACGCACGGAUGCCAUUACAAUGGCGUCUUGUCAGAUAGCAUCAUAACAAAUGUCAAUGAUGAAGGGGAAGAUGGCAAGGAUGCCCCUGAGCCCUCACGUAAACUGGGUAUAGAUGCUUGGGCGAAGAAGGGAAUCAUUGGGCGCGGCGUGCUCCUCGACAUAUGGUCUUGGUCGCAAAAACAAGGCAAAGAAUACAAUCCGUUUACCAGAUACGCCAUUACAGCCGAGAAUUUGAAGGCGUGCGCAAAGAGCCAGGGGACCGAGUUGCGCACAGCAGACAUUCUUUUGGUUAGGACCGGGUGGCAGGAAAAAUACAACACGUUGUCUGCGGCUGAAAAGGCGGAUUUAGCUGUGCUAGCGCUGGAUAAACAUUUCUAUGUAGGACUGGCAUCGGAUGAGGAGAUGAAGGAUUUCUUGCAUGAUGGAUAUUUUGCGGCGGCCGCGACGGAUUGUGUGGGUUUUGAGGUUUGGCCGCCGGCAACUUGGGAGGGGAGUUUACAUGCUAGUAUGCUUCCGCUGUGGGGGAUGCCGAUUGGUGAGCUUUGGAACCUGGAAGAGUUAAAGAAUAGGUGCGAGAAGGAGGGGAGGUGGACUUUCUUGCUUGUGAGCAAGCCGGCGGAUGUACCAGGCGGUGUGGCGUGUGCGCCGAAUGCUGUGGCGAUCUUUUAA